UUAACGAUCUUGGCAUUUUUGCAGUUAAACUACUGUAUCUGAAAGGGAAAUCGCCCUGAUUUUUACUAAAAUUUAAUAAAAAAGUCAUCAACAACCAUGACUAAACAAGAGAAGUUCUUCGGCCCGUUAACACUGCACCAGAAAAGCGAGAAACCAACGAUUUUCAAGGAUAACGAGACCCGUGAAUGCCAGUGCGUUUUGUGUGAAGAGAAGUUCACGUUGCCUGAUGCUGAGAAAGCUUUGCUGACACAUUUUUUCAUGGAACAUAGGCUGGUUAUAGCCGACGUGAACCAAAUAGCGGACUUGUUUGAAUACUUGAGAUACUGGCGAUUGAGGUUUAGAGAUGAAAGUCUUCCUUACUUCUGUACUACAAUGUUAUUGGACAGCAAACCCGAUGGAACAAAAUCUAAAGACGAGCAAUACUACUUGCUCAGUGAUGUUCUACCCGAGGACAAAGAGUUACGCUCAAACUUGCAACAAACUAAACUAGAAAAACUAUUACAACGACACCAGUUUGAACGGGAAGAUAAAAAUUACGAAAAAGAAUGCCUAUUUUGUAGACAUGUCUCUAAAGAUACUAGAGCAGGUUAUUUGAAUCAUUUGUUUGAAAAACACAACUUUCAUAUAGCUAAACCGGACAAUCUUAUUUUCAUAGAUGAUCUCAUAGACACCGUAGCGUCCAAGCUAGAUAAUCUACAAUGUAUUUACUGCGAGGGUUCUUUCAAAGACCGGAUUAUUCUUAAAGAACACAUGAGGAAAAAAGGACACAAAAGAAUCAAUCCGGAAAAUAAGGAGUAUGAUAAAUUCUUCAUGGUUAAUUACAUAGGUGAUAAACAAAUUAAGCAUAAAUAUCAGAAACACCAUAAUCAGAAACAAAGUCAUCAAAGAAUACCAAACCCUCCACAGGAAAAUGACCGUGAUUCCAAUGUGGAUAGUGAUCCAGAGUGGUCAGAAUGGACCGAAGAGAACGGCCCACAGAUAACUUGUCUCCUUUGCGAGCAUACAGAAAUGGAAUAUGAGAACAUACUAGACCACAUGGAACGUAAACAUGAUUUUUCAUUCACAAAAUCUACCGCAGGCUUAGAUUUCUACCACAAAAUCAAGAUAGUCAACUACAUUCGACGGCAGAUACAUUUGAAACAGUGUUUAUCAUGUGAAACCGUUUUUGAUGAUUCGUCAAAUUUAGAGAAACAUUUGAAAGAAAUGAAACACUGGGAACUUAAGAAAGAAAAAUGGGAUCAGCCAGAAUAUUAUUUUCCGACAUAUGAAGAUGAUUUGUUCUUGUGCUUUAUCCAUGAUGAUGAUGAGAGCUGGUGGGACACAGAUCAACAGGAAUCUGAGAGGACUGAUAACAGUUUUUCUGAUUCCAUUUCUAAAGAGAUGGCUAUGGCUGUUUUAAAUGAGUAAAAGCAUCAGUUCAAGUGAUAAAAUCUAUUCAUCAUCAUCAUCAUCUCGAGCCAUAAGACGUCCACUGCUGAACAUAGGCCUCCCCCUUGGACCUCCAUACGUACCGAGUAUCAGUUGGAAGCGACCCGCAUCCAGCGUCUUCCUUCCAGAUUAAAUCUAUUAUGUUCAGGUAAUAAAAUCUAUCCUCCUAAGGCUCAGCCAUACAAAUUGAAAAUCCAAAACUUGCCAUUGAAAUUUGAACCUAUAGUGUAGGAAAUAGAGUUGAUUUAGCGUUGGAAAAUUGAACGAAACAGACCAAUAGCGACUCUGUUCCAAUUGAAUAGGAUUUAAAUUUCAUCGAACUGAAGAGGUGCUAUAGGUAGGACCUUGGACCUUAGGAGGCUAUAAUUUUUUAAAUCAUAUCAAUAAGAGAUUUUAAUACUAGCACGUUUUUUGAAGUUGGGUGUAAUAUUAGUGGGGAGACACUCCUCCUUUUGGGCAACUCGGCUCUGUUGGGCUCAGCAUUGCUCCAAGCAAUUAU